AUGUCUCUCUAUUACGAUGCCGCGACGGUGCUUACCGCAACCGCGCAAGGGGGCUCUUUGAAGUCUCGAAUCUAUGGGAAUAAAUCUGGAUUCAAAUCCAAGCCCGCACACAUCUACGCGCUGAUUUCAGAGACUGCAAAGUACGACCAGUUCUUAAAAGAGGUCGUCGACAAUGCGGGCCUCCUGGUUCAGGAGCGAAAGUUGACCCCAAUCCUUUCGUUGCUUCUGGUCCAUGAUCAUUUCUUCUCGAAGAGCGGUCUCGCGGCGCCCUCUGCGCACCCCCUCCGACUAGCAAUCGAAAGGAAUAAAGCAAGGCUGCAAGCAGAAUUCGCAAAGGCCAGGCUGCGGAGAAGAUGCGCAACGCUAGACGAUCUGCGAAGAAGUCUGCUAGCAGAAAACCCGCGGGCAUACCAGUCUCAGCCAAGAUGGGUCCGUAUCAACACAUUGAAGACUAGUUUCAUGCAGGAGUCUGCUACGACUUUCGAAGGAUACAAGUCUGUCGCGACCAUCAUGGAAGUAACUGAUUCCUUCGGUACGGAAAAAAUUCUGUCGAUUGACCGGCAUGUUCCAGAUCUAAUCGCUCUGCCUCCAGAGGCAGACGUGACAAAAACACCAGCUUACAGGGACGGAAAACUCAUUUUGCAAGACAAGGCUUCUUGUUUCCCAGCAUACAUGCUCCUCGGAGAACACGAUGACAGCUCUCACAUUGGCUACUGCAUAGAUGGCUGUGCAGCACCAGGAAAUAAGACUUCUCACCUCGCGGCACUGCUUGCUAAAAUGGAGAGGACAGAAAGCAAGGUUUUUGCGUGCGAGCGGGAUCCCAAUCGGUCGAAGACCCUGAUAUCCAUGAUGCGGAAGAGCGGAGCGGAUGCUGUGAUCGUCCAAGCAAGUUGUGACUUUUUGACUCUUAACCCACAUGACAGCCAGUACAAGAAAGUCACACAUCUUCUCCUUGACCCGAGUUGCUCCGGUAGUGGAAUCAUCGGGCGUGAAGACAUUCCUAUUCUGGCACUACCUGUUGAUGGAAAAUCUGAAAAGGCACAUCCGACGAGUUCUCGAAAUGCUUCGAGGAAGAGAAAAAGAGAUCAUGCUCACGAAGGACCCGCGGAAGAUACGAAUGAAGCAGAAGAAACGAGGGCCGUUGCGCCGGAUAGCACAAGGUUGCUGAAACUGUCGAAUUUGCAGACGAAAAUCGUUGAACACGCUCUUUCUUUUCCAGCGGCUGUCCGAGUAACCUACUCGACCUGUUCAGUGCAUGUGGAAGAAAACGAGGCCGUUGUGUCCCGAGUGUUAAGCUCCAGGAUUGCAAAGAAAGGGAAUUGGCGUCUGCUGCGGAGGGAAGAACAGGUUUGUGGGCUGCGUGAAUGGGCACAUCGCGGUAUGCACAUGUCAGCGGACGCAGCAAACUGCUCUCCAGCCUUGAUCGAGGCGGAUCGCGAAGCGUGCAUCCGGUGCAAUCCAGGCGACGACGAGGGGACUAUGGGAUUUUUCGUAUGCUGUUUUGUCCGUGCUCCGCCUCGAACACCGUGUAAAGCGUCCGAUACCCUACACGGGGAAGAGAGCUGGGAAGGCUUUAGCGAUUAA